AUGGCCGAGGCAUCCUCACCCCGGCGCCAAACCACGCGUGCUUUAGGGAGGCGGAGGGCAUGCGACACAUGCUUCAAGAGGAAGAUUAAAUGUGACGCAGAGUUCCCACAAUGCAACUGGUGUAAACACCACGGUCUGGCCUGCACGUACAAUCGAAUAGCCGGGCGAAUCAAAUCAAGCAACCAAAUCAUAUUUUCUUCCGGGACCUCAAAUCAGUCAACUUCGACGGGCUCCGCGAUCGCAUCCUCGGUUGCCUCGCUGAAUACGUCCUUUGACCAAUCGCAGGAAAUAAAUAGAUCCGCAGGCCUUCGCAGAAGCGUCACAUCUUUGAGUGGUAUUGAUUUGCUUUCUACAGAAGGCCUCAAGUGGAUUGAGGCGCACGUGGGGGAGAAGAUCUCGACUGCGAAAUUAAACACGUUUGACCUCCCAUGGACGUGUCCACGGCGAUUACAAGAUGAAGAUCCCGUCGCAUCGGGUUCUUCCUCCGAGCUACCCCAGCGACAGGUGGUUGAAUUGUAUGUCACGCGAUAUACCUCAUCCUUUCAGACCCUUGUCUUCCCUGUCAUCAGCAAGUCCCUCUUUGUCCAGACCCUGGAUCUGGCAUAUGGAUCUCCUCAAUCUUUUGGCUAUGCUAGUGCGAAAGCUUGCGUCUGGUCAUUUUUGUCGCUCGUCACAUUGUUCGGAUUCGACAUCGAUGUCCGCGGGGCUGUGGAUUGUGGAUUCUACACUCUGGAGGCCCAGAGAUUACUUCCACGAGUCAUACAGGAGAUGACCCUGGAUGGAAUCCAGUGCCUUAUGAUGCUUCUUCAACUCCAAUACUUUCUAGGUGAUCUGCAAUCUGCGGCAGUGUCUAUAUCAGUCGCUACUCGCCUUCUAUACAAGCUUGGGGCCCAUACGAUACAAACAGACCCCAUUUAUGUCUCCCAUUACGACAAAAGAGUGCCCGAGUUUCAUUUGAGGGAUCUGUUCUGGCUGUGCUAUUCCUUUGACAAAGACAUCAGCCUUCGAAUUGGCCAACCUCCAUCGAUCAAUGACUUAGAUUGUGAUCUCUCACUUCCUUCAGGGUAUGCUAGGCUGCAAAACAGCAACAUACACCGAGAUGAUCUGACUCCCGAUGAUAAUGUUCUUCCACUAUUCCCUUGGGAUCUUCGCCUGUCAAAGAUUAAAUCGGAAGCUUACAGCACUCUAUACUCGGCCAGCUCCGCCUCCAAAUCAAGAUCACAGGUCCUCGAAUCCAUUCGGCAUCUAGACGAAGUAUUAGAGGAGUGGAGACUCUCACUUGAUUUGGAUGUCCGCCCAAUGCUGUGCCAUGCUGCAGAGACAUCCGUCCGCGCCAAUAUGAACACGCAAGGAAUCAUAUUGCGUCUAUCAUACUACCAUUGCGUGUCCAUAAUUCAUCAAGCAAGUGAAAGGCGCAAUGUUCCCGGGUUCAAACAGGGAUUCGAGCCCGAUGUAAUCAAUUCUAGUGACGAACUCUCGACAACUGCGAGCCGUUCGACUCUCACACUGCUUCAAGCAACAUUGCCCUCGUUGAAGGGCGAAUGCUUUUGGGUCGUUCUAUUUUAUAUCCUGACUGCAAAUUUGACACUUUUUUGCAACAUUCUCAAAGAUCCCUUGAAUCAGCAAAGCCCACAAGAUGUGAUGACCCUCCAUAAUGUCCCCUCGCUGCUCAACAACAUUCCCAUACGGAACCUCACCCCCGCCGAAAUCAUUCAUUUGAGGUUCCUGAAUGGAUUCACAUCUGAGCUUGCACGUCUCGGCCGCUGCGCAAUGGACAAAGCACAGGUAAAGUCCCGUGGCUCUGAAAAUACACACAGGUCAACCGGAUAG